UAUUAUCUAUAAUAAACAGUUCUGUUGACAUUAGUCAUCUGUGGCGUAAUUGAUCUGAAAACUGCUCGAAGAUUACACUUAUUAUUUUAAAAUAUACUUGCUUGUCAUAAUUGAUCAAAAUCAGCAGUUUUUAAUUGUCUUAUUUGCCGAUAUUGUAAUAUAAUAACGAAUAUAUUAUAUUUGCUCUGCAAUUUCAUCGGAGUUUAAGAGUUUCGUAGUAAUUUCAUUAGUUCAAGUAAUUCUUAAAUAUACUAAAUAAACAGAUUUUUUUAUAUUAAAAUGAGCACCUGGCAACAGACUCAAACACCUUAUGGCACUGGAGCAGCUCCUCCUCCCCCAGGAUUUUAUCCACAAAGUGCUCCAUAUCCAAAAGUAGAUGGUGGUUAUGUUCCGAGUGGUGGUUAUCCUCCCAGCAGUGAAUAUGUUCCAAGUGGUGGUUAUGGUGGUAGUGGUGGUGGUGGUGGUUAUGGAGGUUAUCCUCCUCAAUAUGGUGUACCUUAUGGAACACCAAACAUACCUCCUCAAAACAAUUCAUACAAUGCACCAGAAAAUUUUGGAUUUAGUGAUAAAACAAUUCGUAGAAACUUCAUCAGUAAAGUCUAUAGCAUACUAAUGUGCCAGUUAUUAAUGACAUUGGUUUUUGUUGCAAUGGCUGUUUUACAUCAGCCUACUAAAGAAUUCAUGCAAAAACAUGGAGAGUUAUUUAUUAUUGCUAUGAUAGCUACAUUUGGAACUCUAAUCGCUUUGGCUUGUUGUGAAGAUUUGCGCAGAAAAACUCCAACCAACUUCAUUUUGUUAUUUGUGUUUACAUUAGCUGAAUCAUAUAUGGUAGCUACGUGUGCUUCAAGAUAUUAUCCACAUAGAGUUUUGUUAGCAAUUGGUUUAACAACUUUAAUUUGUUUUGCUCUUACAAUUUUUGCAAUGCAAACCAAAAUAGAUUUUACAGUAAUGGGUGGUUUUCUUAUGGUCGCCGUACUUGUUCUCUUUGUUGUUAGUUUAGUUGCUUUGUUUUUCCCAAGUCAAUUAUUGAAUACAAUAAUUGCUUCAGCUGGUGCAUUGAUAUUCUCUCUGUAUUUGAUUUAUGACACACAACUUAUGGUUGGUGGUGAACAUAAAUACUCAAUAUCACCAGAAGAAUAUAUUUUUGCAGCUAUAAAUAUUUAUGUAGAUGUAAUAAACAUUUUCUUGUACAUUUUGACUAUUAUUGGAGCUUCAAGUGAUGAUUAAAAUACUUAAAUUUAAUAUAUAAAAAAAUAUUUUUAAAUUUAUUUUAAAUAUAAAUAAAACCUUGUAGCAUUUAAAAUUAUGUAUAUGUAUUAAUUAAAUUGCAAUAAAUAUUAAAUAUUCAAUUUAUUGGCAGUUUGCAUUAUUUUAAUUCAAAAACAAAGUUAAUAUAAUUUCUUCAGUAACUAAUGGAGUAAGCAAUCAUACAAUUCUAGUACACCAAAGUAAUAUGUCUCGCAUUAGAAAGGGUAGUUGACAUUUUUAUGACAGCAAAAUUAAAUCUGUAUAAACAAAAUAUUUUUUCCAACUUUCAGUACAAAUAUAUAUUUCUCACGACAAACUUGAAAUUUACCUUUAUUUUUUACUACAUUUCUGUUUUAAAACUAAUUAUAAUCUACCUAUUAUUAUAAUUUUAAUACUGCAUCCAUUUUAUUUUAUUAAUUAGUGUUAUUAGAUAUACCUAUGUGUGUUAUUUAAAAUUUGUAUUUUGAAAAACUGUAGAUAUUAUUUAUGUUAAUUAUUUUAUUUUCUAGUUAAUAAAUUUGAUAUUCUUAUAUAAAUUAGGAUUAGGAUAAUUAAUAUAUAUACUUAUAUUUAUUUUAUUAUGUUUUGUUUGUGCUUUAUGAAUGAAAAAAAAAUUAUUUGUACUGAAA